UGAUCAUAUUGCACUGACAAGACCAGAGCCCAAAAGACCAACUUGAGAAAGCAAAACAAGGCUGAGAGCUUCUCCCUCUCUCUCGCUUCGCAAAGGGUAAGACCGUUUACCCCCCAACUUCAUCAAAGAUGAGCUCCGCCUCCGCUGCCGUGGAUGGCGGUUUCUGGAAGUGGAACUCGCCAAUCCCAUACCUGUUUGGAGGAUUGACUCUCAUGCUGGGCCUCAUCGCGGUCGCAUUGGUCGUCCUCGCUUGCUCCUACCAGACGCCCUCGACGUCAACCGACCCGAGUCGCGAUCCCGAAGAUCAAGCUGCGCCGAGUAACGAUGAUGACAAGCCAGCGAAGAUUGAACUAGAGGACAAUGUGCCCAAGAUCGUGGUCAUAAUGCCCGGGCAUGAGAAUCCCACGUUCUUGGCGAAGCUUGCUUCCAGUUCAAAGACGAGCCACAACGGAUGCCAGCAAGCUUGAGAGAUCAUCAUCAACGAUCGAUCUUCAUUUGCUUGUACUAUUACAUGGAGAGAGUGCUGGAUUUUGAGAUCCCUUUUUUCCUUUUUUAUUUUUUUUUGGUUUUUCCAUCGUUUUUUAGAAAUUACAUCGAUUCUUUCAUUUUUCGCGAAUAUGUAAAUAGGUGGAUUAUUCUUUUUUAUAUGCAUGUGUUUGUGCUUCUUCUCCUUGGUAAAUAGAUGGAUUAUUCUUUCUUAUCAUAGUUCCUUGGUAAACGGUGGGUUACGACUUAU